UAGCUAUCAUCCCAAUCCGAGCCGAUCACCAUUAGAUUCGUCGCCAGCUCAACUAACCUAUAGAAAUUCAUCUCCUCUUCUUCCUCAAGUCCAAUCUCUUUCCUCUCUCAACUCUCAAUAAUGUCCUCCCUCUUCUCUCUCCUCCUCUCCAUCCUCCUCCUCUCUCCCAAACCCUCCACUGCAUUUCUCCCAAGAGCAAAGCUCACCACAUCCGACCCUCAAAAACCCCAAAAUUUUCAUCCUCGAUCUCACUCACAGUCUCCAUCCCCAACGAAAUUCUUCGAGGUAACUCGACCCAUUUCGAAGCCCAGCUCAAACUGCCUCACCAUCCUCACCCACGAUUUCGCCCGCCAACCUACGGCACGCCCCCACAGCCACGCGCUACUCCCCUCCCUUCUGCCUUCCGCCCCGCCUCCGCCGCGCUCUCGGCCAUCCUCCGCGGUCUUCCGCUGGUCCGUCCACCUGCUCGGCCGCCAGUCGCCGACCAGCAUCUUCGGCGUCUGGCUCUCCGGCGUCGAGCUCCUCCGCAGCUGCACCGCCGAGCCCCGACCCGACCCCGGCAUCGCCUGGACCGUCGAAAAAGACAUCACUAGGUACUCUUCUCUUCUAUCACAUCCCCAAACCCUAGCUGUCUAUGUCGGUAACCUUGUUGAUAAGACCUACACUGGAAUUUACCAUGUUAAUCUCUCGAUCGAAUUCUACUUCGGCGAGCCAAACAAGCCCAAGAUGCCCAAUGUCGCACCCGGGUUCAACUCCCCUGCGGAUUUGGUCAUGCCUGUGUCGAGACCCUUGCCGUUGAACGACGGGCAAUGGUUCGAAGUCCAAAAUUCGGCGGACUUGCAGACCUCAGAGGUUUUGUUCCCGAAGAAUGUGUAUCGGGCUGUUCUUGAGGUUUAUGUUUCUUUUCACCAGAAUGAUGAGUUUUGGUACACAAAUCCCCCGAAUGAGUAUAUAGAGAAGAACAAUAUCAGUUUAGCGGGAAAUGGGGCUUUUAGAGAGGUAGUUGUGAGUUUGGAUGGGAGUGUUGUUGGCGCUGUGUGGCCUUUUACUGUGAUUUAUACUGGAGGGGUGAAUCCUCUACUUUGGAGACCGAUAACGGGUAUUGGAUCCUUCGAUUUGCCUUCGUAUGAUAUUGAGAUUACGCCAUUUUUGGAGAGGGUUUUGGAUGGGAAGAAGCAUGUGUUAGGGUUUGGUGUUUCUGAUGCUCUGGAUGUUUGGUAUGUCGAUGCGAAUCUGCACCUUUGGUUGGAUAGUAGGAGCAAGAAAACUGUCGGGGAGUUGAUUAAGUAUACUGCUCCCCAGAUUGAGCUUUCAUUAAUUUCUAAGUUCAAUGGUCUCGAUGGGAGGUUCGAUACUGUUGUAAAACGAGAGAUAUCUGCGACUGGAUGGGUGAAAUCUUCAUAUGGGAAGAUCACGACCCAUUUCUUUCAGACAUUUGAUUUCAAGAACUAUAUGGAGUUCAAAGGGAAUGGGAGCGAUCAGAUAGUGAAUCAGACUAUAGAUUUCAAUCACGGUGUCUAUGCAAAGCAUCCAUCCUCGGUUGUGUACUCCGAGCAAGUGUUUCAGAACUUUCCGCUUUACUUGUACACGGGCACCUCUGAUCAAGUGAAUGAUACUUACUCUCUGGUAUCGAAUGUAACAUUAGGGUUCAAUGAGAAGAAGUUUUCGGGUGAAAAGUUUGGUUUUGCUUCGAGUAAUUUGAGAAAUUUGCAGAAUGCUCAAGGGAGCAUGCAUGUUAAGGGGAAUUUGGUGACUGGGGGUUUAGGGAGUACUCAGCAAGUGUAUAAAUAUGAGGGCACUGAUGGUUGCUACUUUAGGAAUGUGAGCAGUAGGAAUUAUACUGUUCUAUAUGAUGAAUCAGGAGGAUCUUGUACUGAGCGAUUGGGAUACUUUUAACCAACAUGAUUUCAUUGGCAUCUGAAACACAUAAUAUUGUGAUUUCUUUCAUUGCUCAAUAAGAAGAGUUUCUGCUAAUGCUUUGUGGGCAGGAUAUGUGAACUCUUCAUAGAUAUUUACUGCAAAUAUGGCUGUAAGUUUUAACUGAACCACAGUUUGUAGAUUAGUUUUCAGAAAUUUGGUUUGUAUUAAUUUGAUUAUUUUCAAAGUUCAAAUUAUUUGUUAGUAUUUGUUAUCUUGGUACAUUAUUGAAGGUUUAAUUGUUAAUGGAUAAUGGUA